AGGCGCGGAGCGGGCGGUGCGGCGGGUCCGCGUGCGGACGGCAUGUCGGCGCUGCGCUGGGGUCGCGGCGCGGCUGGGCUCCGGUGGGCCUUGUGGCCGGCGGGCUGUCCCUGCCUCCUGGCUGAGGAAGGAGCCCCCCUCCGUGGUAUCUGGGGCCGCAGAAGGAGCUCUGCCAGCCCCUGUGAGCAAGACCGCCGGAAGGACUGGGGCCAUGCGGAGCUGCUAGAGGUACUCGAGGCCAGGGCGCGGCAGCUGCGGGCUGACCAUGUGUCGGAGGUGACGGAGAAGCGGGUGGAUGUGGCUCGACUCCCAGAGGCUGGCAGCUCCCAGCCACCCAGGAAGGCGCAGGCUGGGGUCGAGGCUGCCCUAGAGCUCAGCGGUCGCUGGGCUCGGAAACUGGACAAGGAGAAGCGCGUGAUGCAGAAGCGCAAGCAGCAGCUGGAGGUGAAGCUGCGGCAGCGGGCGGAGCAGCGGGCCCGGAAGCAGCAGCUGCACGUGGAGCCCCGAUUGCAGAGCCGGCAGCUGGCCGCUCGCCUGCAGCAGUGGCUGCUGCACAGCCCGGGGAGUCCGUGGGCGGAGCAGCUGACCUGGCUGCUGCGGGAGGCCCCGCGGAGGCCACGCGGCGAGGAGCGGCGCCCGGCGGACGGCACGGCCGGGGCGCGCUGUGACGGCCAGCGACAGAGGCUCCUGGCCUUCUUGCAGGGCUGCGUGCUGGUGGACCAGCCGGCGCUCGCCCACCACGUGCUGGUCGUGCAGCAUGGCAGGGCCCGGCAGCAGCGCGGGCUCACGCUGCCCAUGUAUAACGCAGUCCUGCACGGCUGGGCUCGCAAGGGCUCCUUCAAAGAGUUGGUUUAUGUGUUCUUCAUGUUGAAAGACGCCGGCUUCUCCCCGGACCUGCUGUCUUACGCAGCUGCCCUGCAGUGCAUGGGGCGGCUAGACCAGAAUGCCAGCACCAUCCAAAGGUGUCUGAAGCAGAUGGCCCAGGAUGGGCUGCAGCUUCAGGAGCUCUUCACAAGUGUGGCGCUGUGCAAGGAGGACCAGGUUGCACUCCUGAGCGCCGUGCGCAAGGCUGAGCCCACCUUCAGCCCUCCGCAGCCUCCCCUGCCCUCGUCCCAAGUCAACACCUCCCCACUGCUCAGGGACAUCUACGACAAGGACCAACCUGCGUCCUACCCAAGGCAGCACCUGCCCCUGAAGAUGCUGAAAAGCCUGUUCCAGGAGCAGCUCAGCGUGGAGAUGGCCACCACUGUCACCGUGGCCUCUGUGGAAAAGGCCCCAUCGCUAACCAAGGAGGUCCUGCAAGCGCGGAAGACCCUGCAGGGACUGCGUAUCCGGUGGGAGGCGGACCUGUGCCAGGUUCUGCGGGAGACCAAGGCCAACGAGGCGCACGCCGCCCGCGAGGGCCGCCCCUCGCUCUUCCCCUACCUGUGCCUGCUCAGCGAGGGGGAGUUCGCGGGGCUCCUGCUGCAGACCCUGCAGGCGCUGCCCCCUCAGGGAGAGUCGCUCCUCUCGCUGGCGCAACAGCUGGGCCUGCGCAUCUUCAACCGGCAUGUGGUGCAGAGGAAGCAGCUUGGCGACGAGGUGCGCGCUCUGGAGCGGCGCUACUUCGAGUACCUCCGCCUGCUGGCCUCCGACAGCCGGGUGGUGGUGUCCCGCCUGCCGCGGCAACACUGGGAGGCGCUGGGGGCGCCCGAAGUCCCCCACGAGCAGCCUUGGCCCUUGCCUGUGGUGGUGCAGCUUGGCAAGCAGCUGGCUGAGGUGCUGGUGCAGACGGUGAAGAUGCCUGGCCGCUUGGCUGAGCGCCAGGACUCCUGCAAGCUCAUUCCUGUGCUCUACCACGUGUACUCGUUUCGGAGCUUCCGGCAGAUCGGGAUCCUGAAGCCACACCCAGCCUUCAUGCAGCUGCUGGCAACGGCAGCCGAGCGCACGAUGACAUUCGAGGCGGCUGAAGUGCCCAUGCUCUGCCCGCCGCUGCCCUGGACAUCGCCGCACUCCGGCGCCUUCCUGCUGAGCCCCACCAAGCUGAUGCGCUCCAUGGAGGGUACCACGCAGCACCAGCGCCUAUUGGAGGCCUGCCCACCCACCCAGCUGCACGGUGCCCUGGACGCCCUCACGCAGCUGGGCAACUGCGCCUGGCGUGUCAACGGGCGUGUGCUGGACCUGGUGCUGAAACUCUUCACCGAGAAAGGCUGCCCCCGCCUGGGCGUGCCGGCCCCACCUUCCGAGGCUCCUCGCCCGCCCCAGAGCCGCCUGCCACGUGGAGCCUCACCUGAGCACAAGGCGGAGCUGCGGCGGGAGCUGGCCCGCUGCCUGAAGGUGGCACGGGAGAUGCACAGCUUGCGGACUGAUGCGCUCUACCGCUUGUCGCUGGCACAGCACCUGCGGCACCGCGUCUUCUGGCUGCCCCACAACAUGGACUUCCGCGGCCGCACCUACCCCUGCCCACCCCACUUCAACCACCUGGGCAGUGACCUGGCGCGCUCUCUGCUGGAGUUUGCCCAGGGCCGCCCGCUUGGCCCCCAUGGCCUCGACUGGCUCAAGGUCCAUUUGGUCAACCUCACGGGGCUCAAGAAACGAGAGUCGCUGCAGGCGCGCCUGGCCUUCGCCGACGAGGUGAUGAAGGACAUCCUGGACUCAGCAGACCGGCCCCUGAUGGGCAGGAAGUGGUGGAUGGAGGCCGAUGAGCCCUGGCAAGCCCUGGCCUGCUGUAUGGAGAUUGCUCAGGCUGUGCGUGCUGGUGACCCGGCCACCCACGUGUCCCACUUUCCUGUCCACCAGGAUGGCUCCUGUAACGGCCUGCAGCACUAUGCCGCCCUGGGCCGCGACAGCGUGGGGGCUGCCUCCGUCAACCUGGUGCCAUCUGACCUGCCGCAGGACGUGUACAGCGGGGUGGCCACGCAGGUGGAGGUGUUCCGCAGGCAGGAUGCGGAGCGGGGUGUGCAGGUGGCCCAGGUGCUGGAGGGUUUCAUCAGCCGCAAGGUGGUCAAACAGACGGUGAUGACCGUGGUGUACGGGGUCACCCGCUACGGGGGCCGCCUGCAGAUCGAGAAGCGCCUCCGGGAGCUCAGCGACUUCCCCCAGGAGUUCGUGUGGGAGGCCUCUCACUACCUGGUACGCCAGGUGUUCAACAGCCUCCAGGAGAUGUUCUCAGGCACACGAGCCAUUCAGCACUGGUUGGCCGAAAGCGCGCGGCUCAUUGCCCGCACUGGCUCAGCAGUGGAGUGGGUCACGCCCCUGGGCAUCCCUGUCAUCCAGCCCUACCACCAGGAUGCCAAAGUGUUGAUCAACGGCGGGAUCCAAAGUCUCACCUUCAGCAACAGUGGGGACACCAGCCAGAAGCCGAACAUACUGAAGCAGAAGAACGGCUUCCCCCCCAACUUCAUCCACUCGCUGGACUCCUCGCACAUGAUGCUCACAGCCCUGCACUGCUACAGGAAGGGUCUGACGUUUGUCUCCGUGCACGAUUGCUUCUGGACCCACGCAGCUGACGUGCCCGUCAUGAACCAGGUGUGCCGGGAGCAGUUUGUGCGCCUGCACAGCCAGCCCAUCCUGCAUGACCUGUCCAGGUUUCUGGUGGAGCGCUUCUGCUCUGGUCCGAGGGUGAAGAAGGUCCGAGUUGCCAGGCUGCUGGACAUGCUACUGUCCGUACCCAAAACAGGGGCCUUCAACCUGGAGCAGGUAAAGCACUCCACGUACUUCUUCAGCUGACGCAGGCCCUCCUGGCUGUCCCCAGGGCCCCUGUACCAUAGUGUAAAUAAAGCUCUGUUGCCACCCACGGGAGUGCUGCCAUCUGUGGGUAGA